CCAAAUUCUCAAUUGCCACCUAACACGCCUUCGAGUCACAGUACUCAAAAUCUCUCUCCGCCGUCUCUCUUUCUCCUUGUGAUAUGGCAGGGAAGCGCGAUAUGCCUGUCCUCCAUCCGUGAUGCCUAUAAACUCAGAGAGGCACAAGCCGUGUGAACAAUCCUCGCUCCACCGAUAGGGUUUUCUGCAUGAUAAAUUCGACUAAUUUGCUCAAUUCUCAGCUGUCUUCUUCACUUUCGCAAUGGGGGCAAGUCGGAAGCUACAGGGCGAGAUCGAUCGGGUUCUGAAGAAAGUUCAAGAGGGGGUUGAUGUUUUCGACAGCAUUUGGAACAAGGUUUAUGACACCGACAAUGCGAAUCAGAAGGAGAAAUUCGAGGCCGAUUUGAAGAAGGAGAUCAAGAAACUUCAGAGGUACAGAGACCAGAUCAAAACAUGGAUUCAGUCCAGCGAAAUUAAGGAUAAGAAGGUUAGUGCCUCUUAUGAGCAGGCUCUCAUGGAUGCGCGCAAGCUCAUUGAGCGUGAAAUGGAAAGGUUUAAGAUAUGCGAGAAAGAAACCAAGACAAAAGCAUUCUCCAAGGAAGGCCUGGGCCAACAACCUAAAACGGACCCGAAGGAGAAGGCCAAAUCGGAGACGAGAGAUUGGUUGAACAAUGUGGUAGGAGAGUUGGAAUCUCAAAUUGAUAGCUUUGAAGCUGAGAUUGAGGGGCUUUCUGUUAAGAAGGGAAAAACAAGGCCACCCAGAUUGACACAUUUAGAGUCAUCUAUUACCCGCCACAAGGCUCAUAUAAAGAAGUUAGAAUGGAUUUUAAGACUGUUGGAUAAUGAUGAAUUGAGUCCUGAGCAGGUCAAUGAUGUUAAGGAUUUCUUGGACGACUAUGUUGAGCGCAAUCAGGAGGAUUUUGAAGACUUCUGUGAUGUUGAUGACCUUUACAACACUCUGCCAUUAGACAAGGUGGAAUCUCUUGAAGAUCUAGUUACAAUUGGUCCUCCUGCUAUUGUUAAGGGCGUUGUUGCCACAAAUGCAGUUUUAGGAACAAAAACUUCUUUGACAGCACUGCCAGCUCAACAGCCAGCCACAGCAACAUCCAUCCAAGAGCAAGCUGAACAAAGUGCUUCCCUUGACAGUACUGCUGAACUUCCUGCUAGGACUGCACCACCUAAAACUGGAUCAGGUGGCUCUACUCCAUCAACACCAAUAGUGAGCCGUGCAGCUCCUGUUGCUGUGAAUGCUUCACCUCAUUAUACUUCUGUUGCAUCAGCUGCUUCAAAAAUUAUGUCAGGUCCAAGUUCUGAUCGAAGUGUCCUGGAAAGUGCAGGUGCUGCUACAUCUUCAACUCUUAUAAAUAUGUCCAUUUCUGGUAAGGAGGAAGAGCCAGUCAGCUUCCCUGGUCGUAAACCAUCUCCUGUUCUGGCUGAAACAGCAUUAAGGGGUGUUGGUAGAGGUGGCCUGUCGAAUCUUCCCUCUACUAGCAUGCCUCUAAGUUCUGGAAGUGCUGUUCCUAGUGAUGGAACCGCUGGUGCUGUUCCUUUAACUUCUGAGAUAGGGAAGAGAAAUAUAUUGGGAGCUGAUGAGAAACUUGGGAGUAGUGGCAUAGUGCAGCCACCAGUUUCCCCACUAAGUAAUAGAAUGAUUUUUUCACAGACUGUGAAGACUAAUGAUGGAAACAGUUCAGUUGAUGGUGAUAAUAUCAGUGAGGGUGCAGUUAUGGCUGGCAAGGUCUUCUCCCCCUCUUUAGUUUCUGGUAUGCAGUGGAGGCCAGGAAGUCCCUUUCAGAACCAGAGUGAAGUCGGACAGUUUCGUGGAAGAGCUGAAAUUGCUCCUGAUCAGAGAGAGAAAUUUUUGGAGCGUUUCCAGCAAGUGCAACAACAUGGUCAAAGUAACCUUCUUGGCAUCCCACCUCUUAAUGGAGGAAAUCAUAAGCAGUACUCUGCACAACAACAGAACACUCUCUUGCAGCAGUUCAAUUCUCAAAGCUCAUCUGUCUCGCCGCAUUUGGCACUUGGAGUCCAAGCACCAAGCCUUGGUACUGUUGCAUCUUCCUCGCACCAGCAGCCAAAUUCAACCCAUCAGCAACUAUCUCAGCAGGCAUUAAUAUCAUCAGGACUAAAAGAUGCUGAAGUUGUCCAUGGGAAAGCUGAGGACCCACAGCAGCAGAAUCUGUCUGACAAUUCAACCACUGAACCCUCUAAAGCUUCUGGGUUUGGCAAGAACCUUGCUGCUGACAAUGAUCUGAAACCUUCUCAUGAAAUAGAUGCACCUGCAGGGGUAUCUGGUUCUUUGAUAGAGUCUUCACAAGUGCCAAGGGAUUCCGGUCUUUCUCCUGGUCAUCCUUUGCAAUCCAAUCAAUCUUCAGGAAACCUUGGUGUUAUUGGUCGAAAAAGUGUUUCAGACCUUGGGGCUAUUGGUGAUAAUCUUGGAUCAUCUGCAAAUUCUGGGACAAUGCAUGACCAAUUAUACAAUUUGCAAAUGCUUGAGGCUGCUUAUUACAAGCUUCCCAAACUCAGAGACUCUGAACGUGCAAAAACCUACACUCCGAAGCACCCUGCAAUUGUUCCUCAGAGCUAUCCUCAAGCACCGGCGCCCAUUGUCAAUAAUCCUGCAUUCUGGGAACGAAUAGGAAGUGAAUAUGGUCCUGAUACCCUCUUCUUUGCAUUUUACUACCAACAGAAUACUUAUCAACAAUAUUUAGCUGCAAAGGAAUUGAAGAAGCAAUCAUGGAGGUACCACAGGAAAUAUAAUACAUGGUUUCAGCGGCAUGAGGAGCCAAAUGUGACCACUGAUGAGUAUGAACAGGGUACAUAUGUAUACUUCGAUUAUCACAGUGGCAAUGACGAGAUUCAGCAUGGAUGGUGCCAAAGACUCAAGACUGAAUUCACGUUCGAGUACAACUAUCUUGAAGACGAGCUUAUCAUAUAGAGGGCAUGAACAGGAUCCAGCAGAUCAGGUUCCGGCUUUCACUUCCAAGUUUGUCAUGCUGACAAUACUCUGGUUUCACAUAUCUCUUCUGUUAGUUUUAUACAACUUAAAAUAGUCGUGCAUGAAUAUAGGACUUUUUAGAAUUAAUGUAAUGUUGGGUAGAUAACUUGCCACUGUCUUAUGUUAUGGACUUUAUGGCUUGAGAGAAAUAGAGUGGUAUUCGGCCAUGUUUCGGUUCCUCCAGGUGAUCUGUUCAGACUGACUAUUACACAUCUAUUUUAUUAGAUUCAGGCGUGGGAUCCCUCUUUUCCCAUA